UUCAGAGAUGAGAUGACUCAGUGUAAAAGGAAACGUGUGGUUCUGCGUAGUCCUCUGGGAAAAAUUGAGAUAUUUGGAUGUGAAACAGGAGUACAUGAGAUACGCCUUGAGGGAAAAGUUGAACCACAAAAUGGAGUGGAGGCCUCAAUAUCUUGUGAAAUAUGUGAAGCCACAGGGGAAAUGAAGGAACCACUGAAACAAUGUAUAGCUUGGCUUCAAGCUUAUUUCACUGAGCCCCAGUUAAUGCUGAAACUUCCAGUGCCUCCUUUUCACCAUCAACUCCUAGAACAAGCUUCAUUCACCAGAGACGUGUUGUGGACCCUGCUGAGAGAUGUGAAAUUUGGAGAGGCAGUUUCUUACAAGCAAUUAGCAGCCCUGGCAGGCCACAGCAAAGCAGCCAGAGCUGUGGGUGGAGCAAUGAGAAGAAAUCCUGUCCCUAUUAUAAUACCGUGCCACAGAGUGAUUUGCAGCAGUGGACAGCCUGGCAACUACACGGGAGGAAGUCAUCUGAAAGAGUGGCUUUUGUCACAUGAAAAGCUUCAGAAGGAAAAGUUAACGUAUUGAUGCAGUUCAGAUUGGGUCCUUAGAGAGAACAAGACUGAAGCCAAACAUGACUGAGGGGGAAAAAAAGAAGAUUUGGAGAUUUAUAGAAGGAAUAAUUGAAAAAGAAAAAGAAAGAAGAAGAAGAAGAAACCUAAAUCCAAUGUGUCCAACAAUGUGCUGAGGUCUCUUCAAACAAAAUGUGUGGGUGUGUGAAGACUGAUAAGAUAUCACUGGGUGGAACAGAAGUGUAUCCAAAUUAUAAUUCAGAGUAAUUAGCCCUAUGUUAAUGUCUUAUGACAUUACUCUUAUUACAUGAUUGAAUAUUAUUCCUUUUGGUUUUUUUUUUCAUUGAUGUUGUGAUUAUUUUGGAAGAUACUGGUGAACUGUAACCUUUGUGUGGCUCCACAUGGAUUUCCAUAAUAGAGAAGCUGAAGUGAGAUUAUGCUACUUCCUAAUGACAAUGUUGCUGACAUCAAUAAAGCAUCCUU